GGAUUUGCGUAUAAAUCACUCGGUCGGGUUAUGCUAAUCCGAGAUAUCCAAAACUAUUAGGUGAAGUUUUAACAGUCUCCAGGAUCACUUUUGGGCAACUCUGGUAAAUCCAAAAACUAGUCUUCGAGCCAUCGUGAUGGCAAUUCGCAAGCCAAAAAUGGUCUCAAGAGUCUUGUCUCACAGAGAGUUUGUGGGGCCGGACUGCAUGAGCAUCCACACUUCGCACCAUUCAGAGUUAUUCAUGACAGAAGACACGUCAUCCAUUUUGAAACUUUCUCACAAACAAACAUCUUAUAGGCAAGUGCGCCUGCAUAAGUAACCCAUAUCUCUGUUACUUGUGUCCUUAUCUUCCAUUUUUUCUAAGUCCUUUGAUAUUUCAACGUUCUCUGUUGAACCUGGCUCUCCCCUGAUCUCUUUGACCCUUCACUUUCCAUCAUCGAGCUCUUCGAUAACCAUGAAACAUUUGAGACCAUGACCAAGUGCUUGGUUGUGUAUGCUUAAACAUAGGAAGAUGAUUGUUACGUACCAAGAGAGUUACAUAAGGAAUUCAAGAGGAGUGCAGCAAUUCACUUGUAGAUGGAUGCCAUUCUCUUCUCCAAAAGCUCUUGUUUUCCUCUGCCAUGGGUAUGGCACAGAGUGCAGUGGAUUCAUGAGAGAAAUCGGAAUUAGACUAGCGGGAGCAGGAUAUGCUGUAUUUGGAAUCGACUAUGAAGGACAUGGACGCUCGUUGGGUGCUCGUUGUUACAUAAAGAAGUUUGAGUAUAUAGUAAAAGACUGCCAUGACUAUUUCAAGUCUGUUUGUGCGGAGGAAGAGCUCAGGGACAAAGGCAGAUUCUUGUAUGGGGAGUCCAUGGGAGGUGCAGUGUCACUACUUAUACACAAAAAGAAUCCAACCUUUUACAAUGGUGCUAUUCUUGUUGCUCCGAUGUGCAAGAUAUCGGAGAAGGUGAAGCCACACCCUGUAGUGAUUAACAUAUUGACCAGUUUUGAGGAGAUCAUUCCGAAAUGGAAGAUAGUCCCCACGAAAGACGUAAUUGAUUCUGCUUUCAAAGAUCCUGUUAAGAGGGAAAUGAUAAGGAAUAACAAGUUGAUAUACCAAGACAAACCUCGACUGAAAACUGCGCUAGAAAUGCUCAGAACUAGCAUGAGCCUUGAGCACACUUUACAUGAGGUGACAUUCCCAUUCUUUGUACUGCACGGUGAAGCUGAUACCGUUACUGACCCGGAAAUAAGCAAGGCGUUGUAUGAGAGAGCGAGCAGCAAAGACAAGACAAUAAAAUUGUACCCUGGAAUGUGGCAUGGAUUGACAUCAGGAGAGCCGGAAGAGAACGUUGCCCUAGUUUUCGCGGAUAUCAUCACCUGGCUUGACAAGCGCACUGGCGAAGGCAGUGCUAUUAAGGUUCAACCAUUUGAGGACGGCUUGGACAUGCUCGGUACUAAACCUGCAUCACCUACAAAUGUGAAUGUAAUUGAGAGAUUCACUACCUCUGCAUCGCCUGCAAAGAAAGGAACUUAUCUUUGUGGAUUGAAUGGACGUCGCUUGCUCCAUCUCUCUGCAAUGUAGGCUGAUCAUGGUGCUUGUUAAUGGCUGUUGUAAAGUGUUACUGUGUGAGAAGACACUUUGAAAUGUACAUUUGGAAAGGGAGAUGCAUGAUAAAUAUUUUUUGAUAAGAA